CUAUAAGCAUUGCUCGAACCCAUGCAGCCUCUUUGUCCAUAAAUCUGAAGUCUCUCCUUGAACAGAAGAUAAAAGAGUGCUUUGUGCAGUAACAGAUAUGGCUAAGGAAAUGGGCGAAGAGGGUCCAGUGGAGCACCAGCAGCAUGCGAAGGACUACGUAGACCCGCCACCAGCUCCACUGCUGGACUUGAAAGAGCUGAAGCGGUGGUCUUUUUACAGAGCUCUCAUAGCAGAGUUCAUGGCCACCCUUCUCUUCCUUUACGUAUCUGUGGCUACUGUUAUUGGGUAUAAGAGCCAAGCUGAUGCUUGCGAUGGUGUUGGCUUUCUUGGCGUUGCUUGGGCUUUUGGUGGCAUGAUUUUUAUCCUCGUUUACUGCAUUGCUGGGAUUUCUGGAGGGCACAUUAACCCAGCAGUAACCUUCGGGCUGUUACUUGCGAGGAAGUUGUCGCUAGUAAGAGCAGUGGCGUACAUGGUGUUCCAAUGCCUAGGAGCCAUUGCCGGCGUAGGCUUAGUGAAGGCAGUGAUGGAGGAUUCCUACAGUUCUCUAGGCGGUGGUGCCAACUCAGUUUCUUCUGGUUACUCAAAAGGCACCGCACUGGGAGCAGAGAUCAUCGGCACUUUCGUCCUUGUCUACACCGUCUUCUCCGCUACCGAUUCUAAACGGAAAGCCCGCGAUUCCUUUGUUCCAGUUUUGGCUCCCUUGCCCAUUGGAUUUGCUGUGUUCGUAGUUCAUUUGGCCACAAUUCCUAUCACUGGCACUGGCAUUAACCCUGCCAGGAGCUUUGGCGCUGCUGUGAUUUACAACAAUAAGACCGUUUGGGAUGAUCAUUGGAUUUUCUGGGCUGGGCCAUUUCUGGGAGCAAUGGCGGCAGCAGGAUAUCACCAGUACAUACUGAGAGCAGGAGCCGCUAAAGCUUUGGGAUCGUUUCGUAGCAACCCCUCCAUCUGAAUUCCGAAGAGAGGCUCAACAAUUAUCUGUUUGCUUGCUAGUUAUGUAGAUUUUUAAAAUAAUCACUCGCACCAAUGCUAUUAAUUAAUGUAUUCAGAACAGAAUACUGCAACUAUUUCCUAGAAGAAGUUAUCUGCUUUACUAUUUAUACCACGUCCAAGCCCAGUAUUGCUCUUUGAAAGAAGUCGACAUAUCGUCAGGGUUUAAUUAGCUCUGAGAUGGGAUUCUAGCUACCUGAAUUAUCUCAAAGAUUUCCUUUUCUUUGUACGUAAUACUUUUUAAAGCUCAAGGAAGUUUAAAUUAUUUAGCAGCCAGUUGAA